CCCUUCAUCCAUCCCGCUCUCCCUCUUUCACACUUCUCUAUGCCUCUGCCCAAUUAUGUCCCUCUCCCUUUCAGAGUCCCUCUGUAAGACUUCUGUCUCUCCAUCCCUCUCGCCAUCCCUCCUUGAUCUGUCUCGCUCUCCAUCUGCGUGCGCGCCCCUCCUGACCGCCAGGCUGGAUUUCCUGCAGAUGAAACAGCUGAAGAGGAAGAGGAAGAGUAACUACAGCGUUCGUGAGACGCAGACGCUGAUCCGGGAGAUCCACAAGAGACGAGACGUGCUGUUCUCCCGCCAGCAGAACACCGCCAUCAACGAACUGAAGAGACGAGCCUGGGAGGAGGUAGCAGGAGGCGUCAACGCACUGGGAGAGGGCGAACUACGCACAGCUUCAGAGGUGUGUGUGUGUGUGUGUGUGGAGGUGACUUCCAUAGUGACAAAUUAUGUUCUGAAAGAGAGUCCGGUCUCGAGUCCGGUCUCUAGGCCACAUAUUGAGUGUCUCGUGUCGGAUACUUUUGUACUCUGUCUUGACUUGGUCUCGGACAAUGAGGACUCGUAAUUUCUUCCCGAUACCAGCGGCGUAAAAAACUCAUAAUUAUCAGCCCAUUGUCAGCACAUAAAACUGCUUCGCAAGCCCAAAUAUCCACACUGCUUUCAUGACACAUUCAUAUCUUAUCGCCUAUUGAAAUUGGGCUUCCUACUUUGAUCGUAUACUGUCCCUUUACUUUGGUUGAAAAAUAUCCUCAAACUUUGUUACAGAGUUUCCUUGAUUCGCUGGGAGGGAAGAGUGGGGGUAAUUGUUUGAAAGUUGCAAGCUCACUAUUAGUAAGGGGAGACCAGGGGAAGUUGUAACAUAUUUUGUAGUUUUAUUUAUUAUACACCUGUUUGGGUUAGUGAUAAUUUGUAGUGGCUCUCUAUUUGUCCUCGCUUUAGGUGGCCUCGAACACAACACUGAAAAGAGCUCAGGAAGUAUCCUACAUACAAGGGCCGCAUUUCAAUAGUUUAAUUCAGCCCCAUUCACUGGAAGGAGUUCCAUUGGGCUCUCACUUCCCAGUGCUGAUUUAACUAUACUUCCUGAAGAAUCUUGAGUUGUGACAUCACCACUCAUUGUAAUGGUUGUGUGUGGUUCCAGGUGAAGCGGCGUUACCUGGACUGGCGGUCGCUAAUGAAGAGGAACCAGCUCCGUGCUGAGCGGUCUCUUUCCACAGGGCUCAAGGCAGAGUAUGAUCCCUCCUCCCCUGAACACGACGCCUCACUGGGCUCAGGGGACCAGUCGCUCGACCUCUCUGGCUUUCCCAAGGAGUCCCAGUGCGACUGGCAGGACCUGGCAGAUCUUGGAGAGCCCAGCGGACACUCAAUGUCCACGGGGGUUAAGAUGGAGGAGGAGGAGGAGGCCAAUGGAUACAGGGUGAGGAUCUCUGUGUUUGUGUGCGCGUUAUUGAUUUGUGGGUUGAAUAAAGGGAACACGAUGCAUAAGAAAAUCCAUAAUUGUAGAAUUCUUGUGCAUCCAUAUCCAUUGAGGUUUUUGUUAAAUUAUUUUUAUCUGGCGUUAGUGUGUAGCCUAAGCUAUAGGGUCUAACUGUAGGAAGCCGAAUACACACCAACUGCCAAAUGCUUUUGGGAACUUGGGCAGAAAAAGUUUACAUCGAUCCACUGGGGCAAAAAAGACAAUGUCUGAGUUUAAUUAAAUAAGAGGAAAAGCUGCGAAAUGGAGAGUUAAAAAAAAUAGAAGGGAGGACACUUCACAUUUUAAAGAUUUGCUGAAGUGGUAAAAGAGGAUGAUGGCAGGUCCCUAUGUUAUGUGUGAUUGUGGUCGCUAUACAAAUUCGACAGUAACAAGACGGGGACUUCAAAAUGGCACAUCAAGUGAACUGUACUGUUCAGAUGGGUUAAAUGGAAUAGUAGCCUCACUGAAAUCUGGACACUGACUGUCGGUCUACAACUCAUAUAGCCUAAUGUAAUAUUAACUCCAGCAGAAUUAAGCAUUUCUUGCAGUAAAAUUAUACACUGAAUUUUGACUCCGGAACAGGAGUGGAGAAAUAUCAUUGAUUUAUUUCAGCAUCUUGAGCGAGUGAAUGCGAGGUUAGGGACUGUCUGUAAAGGUGGGGGUGCUGCACCUUAAAAGCUGAUAGUAUUUCAACCACUUAAAAUAUGCAUCCAAGCCGAACUGAAAUCUUAUCAAAAAUAUGUUGGGUCAUUUUUAAAAGCUAUUAAUUUCCUUAAAACCGGUCAAACUGAUGUCAUUUGGAAAUCUUGCAUGGAGAAUCUUUUCAGUUUUCUUUUAUUUUUAUUUUUAUAGAGCGUUUUCUCCCAGUCCCUAAACGUCUUUGCUGCUUGAGGGAAGCAGAGAUGAAAGAGUAAAGAGAAAACAAACUUUACCGACGUCAACUAGAUAGAAGCAUUCAUUCUAUAGAGUUAUGACAUUAUUCUGGUGAUCAAUGGUUUAUUUAGUCUUCUAGGGUAACAAGCAGUGACCGAAGAGAAGCUGCAAGUAUCUAAUUAUUGACUAACAAAUUGCCUACCAAAAUGUCAUACAUUUUAAGCGAAAACAUAGGCCUAGAGGGUGGAUCUGAUCUCCAUCACCUAGGACUUGACAUAGAUUAAAUAGAUUAAUCAAAUCUCACAUUGUUGUCCAUUUUUGCUCAAUCUUGCAUGCUUUCUCAAACAGCUGUAACUGUAUAUGCAUUCAUGUAUGCAUUUGUAAAUCAGGUCCUUUCUUGAGUUGGGCUCUGGGAUGUAACAACUGUUGAGCAUCUGAUUUUAUGGUUGAUUGUGUUAGAGUGUGCGUGUGUGUUUAUCCCACAUCUGUUGCAAGGGGGUAAGGAUGUUAGGGGCCCUAGGGAUCCGGAGGGAUGGGGGUUGGAUGCCGAUCACUGGGAUGACGGCCCAAUUUGGGAUGGGGAGGGACUUUAGCGGGGGAAUUAGUGGAGAACAAAUGGAGGGUUACUUAGUAGCAAUGCAAAUAUCAUGGUACAGCUAUAUGGACACUCAAUCACUAUGGUAUUUUUUAUUGGUAAAUUUACAAACGUAUAUAAUGAUAAAUAGAUUUGAAACUUGUAUCUCAUUAUGGUACAUGGUGAAAUAAGUAUAGCCAGUUAUAAUUGUAAUGGCUUAGCAAAUAACGAAAGAAGAACAAUAUUUACAUGGUUCAAAGAGAAGGAAUAUAAUAUCUAUUGUUUACAGGAAACUCAUUCAACAAUUCUAGAUGAAGUUGCGUGGAAAAAGGAAUGGGGGGGCGAAAUAUACUUCUCCCAUGGGCAAAGAAACUCAAAAGUGGUGAUGAUAUUAAUUAACAGUAAUUUCGAUCCGAAUGUGCGAAUGUAUGUGGAUUAUUUUAAAUAUGUUAUUGGACCAUAAACAGAUAUGGCUCAUUUACCUUUACGGACCAAAUAAUGAUGAUCCACACUUCUUUGACAAUAUAUAUAUAUAUAAUAAAUUAUCAACCCUGCAAGCAAUUCAAGACUCUAUUAUUAUGGUGGGAGAAUAUAAUACCGUUUUAAAUAGCUCAAUGGACCAUAAAGGAAAUCACACUACAAACAAUCACCCUUAUGCUCUUAAGGAAAUCGUGAAUGUCAUGGAUGCAUUAGAACUAGUAGAUAUAUGGAGGCUUAAAUAUCCUGAUCUAGUGAGUAAUAUAUAUAUGGCGGAGACUCAAUCAAGCUAGUCGUCUUGACUUCUUUCUUAUGUCAUUCUCGUUGGCACCAAAAGUUUAAAAAGUGUUGAUAGGGGACAGAAUGCGGUCGGACCAUCAUAUAAUUGGCAUAUACAUUACUCUUACUGAAUUUCCACAUGGGAAAACAAAAGCAAUUUAGGUCAAAAGAGUCCAUACUAACAAAGGAAAUAGAAGGUCUAACAGAUAGAUAGCAAUAAAAACUGUAACAUAGAGGCUCAGAAUAAAUUGGAGGAAAAACAAAAAGAAAUGGAGAAACUUAUUCAAGAAAGAUCAAGUGUAAUAUAUUAUAAAAAUAAAGCAAACUGGAUGGAAUAUGGGGAAAAAUGCACCAAAUUCGUUUUUAAUCUUCAACAUAGGAAUGCUACCAUAAAUAAUUAACUGAAACUGGUUACAAAUGAAGGAGUCACCCAUGAUUCACCAAAUUAUAUUUUGAAGGAGGAAACAAAGUACUUUAAGCAUAUGUUUUCGUUUCAGUCGCCUCAUCUCCUCUAACUGAAGCUCAUUGUAGAGAUUAUUUUUCUAUUGAUAAUGUCAAAUUAACAGCCAUACAGAAAGACUCAUGUGAAGGUGAAAUUACAGAGGAGGAACUUCUGGAUGCAAUUAAAGACUUUAUGUCCGGGAAAACUCCAGGGUUGGAUGGCAUACCAGUCAAGGUAUACCAAACCUUUUUUUGAUAUACUCAGAGGACCGUUAUUAGCAUGUUGUAACCACUCCUAUGUAAAUGGUAGGUUAUCAGACACUCAAGAAUAAGGUUGAUUUAAUUAUUACUGAAACAGGAUAGAAGUGGAAAAUAUAAAGAUCGAGUCCAUUAAAAAAAUUGUUGGCCCCUUACACUUCAGUGUGGUGAUGCAAAAUGUAUAGCGCAUAGAAUUAAAAAGGUAUUGUCAGACAUUAUUCAUUCUAAUCAGACAGGUUUUUUACAUGGAAGAUACAUUGGAGAUAAUAUAAGACAAGUACUGGAAACAAAAGAACACUAUGAAAAAUCUGGGAAACCAGGCCUGGUAUUCAUGGCAGACUUCGAAAAGGCAUUUGAUAAAGUACGACUGGGGUUUAUAUAUAAAUGCCUGGAGCAUUUCAAAUUUGGAGAAUGUCUUAUAAAAUGGGUUAAAAUCAUGUAUAGUAACCCUAGGUGUAAAAUAGUAAAUAAUGGCUAUUUCUCAGAAAGUUUUAAACUGUCAAGAGGAGUGAAACAAGGUUGUCCACUAUCGGCAUAUCUAUUAAUUAUGGCCAUCGAGACGUUGGCUAUUAAAAUCAGAUCCAACAAUAAUAUCAAGGGAUUAGAAAUCCAGGGCUUAAAAACAAAGGUGUCAUUGUAUGCUGAUGAUUCAUGUUUUCUUUUAAAUCCACAACUAGAAUCCCUCCACAGCCUCAUAGAGGAUCUAGAUACAUUUUCUAACCCCUCUGGAUUACAACCAAAUUAUGAUAAAUGUACUAUAUUAUGUAUUGGAUCACAAAAAAAUAAAAAAUUUACAGUACCAUGUAGUUUACCAAUAAAAAUGGUCUGAUGGUGAUGUGGGUAUACUCAGAAUAAAUAUCCCAAAUGAAAUAAAUGAUCUCACUCCAAUAAAUUUUAAUAGAAAGUUAGCAAAAAUAGAUAAGAUCUUGCUACCAUGGAAAGGUAAAUACCUGUCAAUUUGUGGAAAAAUCACCCUGAUUUAACUCUUUAGUAUUAUCCCAGUUUACCUAUUUGCUUAUGGUCUUGCCUACGCUUAGCGAACAGUUUUUUAAAAUUAUAUGAGAAAAAUAUUCAAUUUUAUUUGGAACGGCAAGCCAGACAAAAUUAAACGGGCCUAUUUAUAAUAUGAAUUCGGAGGACAGAAAUUAUCAAAUAUUAAAGCAUUAGACCUAUCACUAAAAGCUUCAGUCAUACAAAAGUUAUACUUAAAUCCGAACUGGUUCUCUAGCAAAUUAGUAAGAUUGUCUCACCCAAUGUUCAAGAAUGGCCUUUUUCCCUUUAUUCAGAUUACAACCUCUCACUUUAAGAUAUUUGAAAAGGAAAUCAUCUCCCAAAUAUCACUAUUUCUAAAACAAGCCAUAGAAAGUUGGUUGCAAUUUCAAUUUAAUCCUCCAGAAACGACAGAACAAAUAAUGCAACAAAUAUUGUGGUUAAAUUCAAAUAUACUAAUUGACAAAAAACCUUUAUUUUUUGACAGAAGGUUUAAUCUUCGUAAAUGAUAUCAUCGGUAGGACUGGUGGAGUUAUGCAGCUAACAAAAACAUAUGGAAAUGUCUGCUCUACCCAAAUUUACAACCAAAUAAUUGCAGCAUUACCGCAAAAAUGGAAGCGGAAGGGGGAAAAAGUAAGGAACUUGUCUGUCGGCCUUGCAUUAAAGAACAUAAUUGGUUAAAGAAAACUGUGAUAAAUAAAAAAGUAUACCAGUUUAAUUUAAGGACCAAAGGAUUGACAGCCGUCCCAUAUAGAUUGCAAAAUAGUUGGGAAGAGAUUUUUUUACGUACCGAUCCCAUGGCAUAGUGUUUAUGAACUGAUACGCCAAACGACGCUGGAUUCAAAACUUUUUUUUUUUUCUAUUUAAAUUAUUAUAUAAAAUUCUUGCUACCAAUAGAAUGUUAUUUAUAUGGGGGAUACAAUCUUCCCAGCUCUGCAGAUUUUGCGACGAAGAGACAGAAUCAGUAGAUCAUUUGUUUUGGGACUGUCCAUUUGUAGCUUGUUUUUGGACACAGGUCCAGGAAUGGCUAAAGGAUUGCAAUAUUUACCUGGAGCUAACCGUGCAGAUAGCAUUACUGGGUGAUCUGAAAAGUCAUAGUCAAUCAAUCAAUAAUAUAAUAAUACUUUUAGCAAAAAUGUUUAUUUUCAAUUUACGAUCUGUAGAAACAAUGAGAAUAGAAAGGUUCAGAACUUUUGUAAAACAUCACAGUACAGUUGAAAAAUAUAUGGCAAAUAGAAAUCCAAUAUGGAUGGUGUUAAGAGAUAGAUGGGUGGUGUUGAAUGGAGUUGGGACUAAUAACAACUAACACAACUAAUAACAAGAUAACUAAUAAUGUAAGCAUACUGUGUCCAUAAUAAGUAUAUAGGUUGUAUGUUGAGAGCUUUUGGGAAAGAGCACAGUUAGAAAGAUAUGGCAUAUAGAAGCAAACCGGAUGGACAUCAUGAAAAUGAUCGCAGAGGAUGAGGGUGGAGGAAGUUCAGGAGUAAAAACAAACAAAAUAGAAUUAUUGUAAAAUUGACUGUGCCCAUAAAAUGUAUAUAGUAUGUAUAAACUGGAAGUAGAGGCCUAAGCGUUGUUGUUCACUAGUUUACUCCAAUUAGGGAAGGGGUGGUGGGGUUGGAAAGUAAUAAAGGGAAAUAUAUUUUUAAAAAGUGUGUGUGCACGCGAGGGGGGAAAAAAACCAUAUGGGGGAUUGGAAGUGAUGCAGACAAUUACAUUGAUGGAAGUUACAAUUACAUUUUACAUUUUAGUCAUUUAGCAGACGCUCUUAUCCAGAGCGACGUACAGUUAGUGAGUGCAUACAUUUUCCUUAAUUUUUUUAUUUGUUUCAUACUUUUUUCAUACUGGCCCCCCCGUGGGAAUCGAACCCACAACCCUGGCGUUGCAAGCGCCAUGCUCUACCAACUGAGCUACAGGAGGCCUACAAUCUAUCUGCAACAUUAAAGCUGAUCUACCCCCUAAAAAACUAUCUAAAAGGCCUGUCAACAAAAGAAUUCCGCCAUCUGACUGUACAGCACAUUUUCUAUAUUGUGGGUUACGGUCGGGUGCGGCCCGCAGAUUUUCACUUUAUCACAUAUAGUCGGGAGGUGAAUGGGUUAUUCGCAAUUGCGGGCAGGUGCGGGUUAACAAACAGCUGACCCAUGCAUCACUGGUCUGCGUGUCAAGAUGUUUGUAUUGUAUUAAUCAGUAUGUCAAUGAUCAGAGUCUUUGUCUCUCUCUAUCUGUCAGCUGGAGGGUGAUAGCGGAGAGGGUGAGGUAGAGGAUGAUGAAGAUUGUUUCCCCUCCCUCCUGCCUGAUGGACGCACCCCUGAAGUCUUUUCACACAUUGAUGAGUUCGGAAUGCUCAGUGCCUCAAAGGGGGCGGCGGCCUCAAUGAAUCGGGACCUCUCAUUGACCGGCCUGGGUGGACUGGGCUUUGCUGGCUUAGGACUGGCCAAUCAUGAGAGUGCGGGACUUCUGGUUGCCUUGGAGAAGCAGCGUGUGGAGCUUGAGAAGCAGCGUCUGGCUGUGGAAACGGAGCGGCUAGCGGUGGAGAGGGAGCGCCUCCUACUGGAGAAGGAGAGACUGAGUCAAUCGGAUGUGGAGAGAGAGAGGUUGCAGCUGGAGAAAGAGCGAUUGCAGCUGGAGAAAGAGCAACUUCGGGUGUUGCUCAUGAACCAAUCAGAACGGGCCGCUGCUCCCCCCCAGCAAAGCCCUCCCUCCUCGUCCACCCCCACCCCUAACACCACCUCUUCCUCUGCUGUGGCUGGACAGAAUGAGAGAAAGGGGAAUAAACCCUGGCUUUCUAUGAUAGAUCUGGAGGGCGAGAGACUGAGGCUGGAGAAGGAGAGAUUGCAGUUAGAGAAAGAGAGGCUGCAGUUCUUUAAGUUUGAGUCUGGACGACUGCAGAUAGAGAGGGAGAGACUAGAG